ACCCCCUCCCACCUCACCCCACCUCCCCUACCACUUUCCCCGUCAAAUAAAUUGUUUUUGUCGGUGCGGUAGGUUAUUUCAAUCAAUGCCAAACCUCCAAUGGUAUGAAGUAAGGGGCCUCCUACGGGGCUAGUGGUAGACGUAGUUGUUAAACAAAGUAAGAAAGAGUUAGUCUCGACUGUCAUCUUUUUUCAUGAUGGACAAAAAAAGAUACAUGUUUCAUAACAUACUACUUCUCAUCGGUGCUUCACUGGUAGUCUUAAUUUUAUACUUUGAAAUUCUUCAGUUAGAAGGGAGUAAUCAAAAACUAACGGAAGAAGUGUCUUUGAUAAGGGCACAAAUGCAUCGCAAUGAUAAAUCAAGUUUAUCUUCCCCAAUAAUUGGAGGUGGAGCUGGUGGAGGAUCUCUUGUUGAGGUCCCAAAUGUAAUUUUGGAUGAACGAAAGGAUUUAGUCGUCAUCUAUAAUCGAGUGCCAAAAACUGGUUCCACUAGCUUUAUCAAUGUGGCUUAUGACUUAUGUAGGCAGAAUAGCUAUCACGUUCUUCAUAUUAAUGUAACUGCCAAUAUGCAUGUGUUAUCACUAGCUAAUCAGGUCAAAUUUGCAUUUAAUGUAAGCAAAUGGGAUGCUAUUAAACCAGCUUUGUACCAUGGCCACAUAGCAUUUGUAGAUUUUGCAAAGUUUGGAAUUAAGUCUCAUCCUGUUUGGAUUAACCUCAUUCGACGUCCUCUUGAUCGUCUCGUGUCGUAUUACUAUUUUCUGAGGUUUGGAGAUGAUUAUCGCCCAUACCUAGUACGCAGAAAACAUGGUGAUAAGAUGAGCUUUGAUGACUGUGUUCAGAAGAAGCAAGCAGAUUGCCACCCUGACAACAUGUGGCUCCAAGUGCCCUUUUUUUGUGGCCAUUCUGCUUCUUGCUGGGAACCAGGAAAUAAAUGGGCUUUAGAGGAAGCUAAGCGCAAUCUUAUCAAUCAAUAUCUGCUUGUGGGUGUUACUGAAGAGAUGGAGGACUUUAUUCGAAUGCUUGAAGUAACACUUCCAAGUUUCUUCAAGGGUGCAGUGAAACACUACCUGAACAGUAAAAAGUCUCAUCUCAGACGAACUGUUCAAAAGACAGUACCCUCCUCUGGUACUGUAAAAAUAAUACAAGAAUCAAAAGUUUGGCAAAUGGAACAGGAGCUGUAUGAUUUUGCCCUAGCUCAAUUUCAUUUCAUGAGAAGGAGGACUCUAGGGCAAAGUGCUACCAACAGGUCAACUCAAGCAACAACUGAAAGACCGCAACAGUUUAUGUAUGAGAAAAUACGACCCAAAUAACAUUGUUGACUAAAAACCAUGUCAGAGACUCCAACAAUGAAUUCUUAAAUGCAGUACUUACAGAGCUCAACAAAUGUGUUUUAAGGUUUUGUCUUUUGUUUCACUUAUUUGUUCCUGAAACAGGAUUGAGAGAAAUUUGAGAAGUAACUCAAUUCCUGAAUGAUGAGGAGGUCUCUCAGCAUCCACAUUUCUUCUUUAUACCAAUAUCAAAGACAAAAACUGAAAAUCCCGUAUUAUUAGUACCUGUUUAUUGAUUAGUGCUCAGCAUGUGAUACAUUUGUACUUUGAUACCUAUUUUUUGUUUGAAACUUGCCUCUGUACACUGACAUAAAAACUAGAAAUGUUUAGACUUAAAAAGUAAAAAUGCAAAAAGUCUGUUCUGUGGAUCAGUCCCUAGCUGUUACAAAAAUGUAGGCAGUCAAAGUUUCGAUUGGACUCAAAACAUUCAGGUAAAUAAGAACAGUUUAUUGUUUUUGUUUUUUUCAUUUGUUUCUGAAUUUUGUUCCAUGGCAGUUCAUUAUCUAGAUGUAAGAAGACAUUAUAAACGUUACAUGAAAGUUGGAGAUGAGGCAAAUCAUUUAAAUCAUAUCUUCCUUAAACUUGUACAUAGUUAUGCUUGUUUUAAUUUUGUAUUAAUGUUAUUUUAUUUUAACUCUGAUGAUGAGAGGCUUUAAUGAUAAAAUUGAAAUUAGACUGACGGUGUAUUUUUUCUUAUUACUUGACUGUGAUUUUUUGCCUCUAGUACUUAAAUAAAUUAUCCUGAAUCCUU